AUGGUGGUUGGGGCUUACACGGCUCCUGACGCCAGCAUACCCACCCCAGAGCGCCAGCCGAUGCUACAUGGAGACGGUAAUGUAAAAAAAAAAUUGGAGGAGAAUGAGACUGUCUGCCCGAAGGAGCGCCACAUAGCGUGGCAUGCCGCCGCGACCCAGCAGCAAAUCAAUGCUCGGCUGCUAUCAACCGAUAGCGCCCCUGAUCUAGCACUUGGAAUGUGGCAUAUUGAUAAAGACAUUAGCAGAGGUCGUGUGUCCGCCAGCGCAUCCGUCGCAUCCAACUCUGUUGCCACCAGUCGCACCAGCCAGGCACAGGAGGGGACUUGGGGGACCAUCGCCCGAAGGAUCAACACCAUGCCUCCCCUCCAUGGCUCCCUGAUCUUCUGCCGAGCUCUCCUCAUUGACCGCCGUGUGCCCUCCCCUGAUCAUCUCUCGCUCAAUCUGGCGUAG